ACAGCCACGCGACCAGGAGUACAAGGCUCCGAGGGACUUCAGCUCCACUUUCGUCAAAUAAUUUCGCCAGCGUGUGAGACCUCACGGCGCGUUCGAAAGUGGCAGAUAAGAUCAAAGUUUAUGAUCAAGGACAUUUUCUUUCCUUUUUUCUGUACCCUAGCCCUCUCCUUUCUGUCGUGCCCCUCCAUUCCCGUCACCUUGGCCCAGUCAGUCUCAGGGACAAUGGCGACGAAUAAACCCGUGCCCAUGAUAGGGAAGCCAGCUCCUGAUAUUAAAGCCGAGGCCGUCAUGCCCGACGGCUCCUUCAAAGAGCUGUCGCUCAAGCAGUACAGGGGCCGUUAUGUGAUUCUAGUCAUGUACCCACUCUGUCCCUCGGAAUUGAUCGCCUUCUCUGACCGGAUCCAGGAAUUCCACGACCUGAACGCCGACGUGGUGGGGCUCUCCGUCGACUCGAAGUACAGCCAUUUGGCAUGGAGCAGGAGCCCGCGCAAAUUGCCUGCGACUACGGUGUGCUGA